AUGGCUGAUAAUUUGUUAUCAUCCCCAAAUUACAUCAACUGGUCAAUGUUGAAAUUCUAUGGAAAGGUUUGUUUUUGCCCUUCCGGCAUUGUUUUCUUUCGCAAAAAUUUCGUGUCAUCUUUUUCCGAGAAAAAACAACAUUUCUUUAUGACACAAAACAAAAAAAAAUUGAGAAGAAGAAGACGAAAAAAAAAAUGUAAGCGCGCUUGACAAAAUUCGAGAAUUAUAACGGUGGGAAAAAGAAAGAGACACACAGAACACAACAACACAUAUUUUUUCCCCGCCGCUCAAAAACAGUCCUUUUGCCCGGCAUUGCCCUUUUCGUUAUUUUGUAUUAUUUUUCGAUCUAGAAUAUUAUAAAAAAUGAAUUUUCAAGAUACUAACUAUGUGUAUCGUUAUUAUUUUUUUCAACAAUUAAUUCAGUCGUUAGCUCAAUUUUUUGUAGGUCAAAUAUGGGCGGGGGUCUGGGGGUAGGGCCCCAAGGGGGAGGGUCCAGGGGAGACCCGGGAAAGAUUUCAGAAGAGAUCGGGGGCCCAAAAACACUCUUGAAAUUUUCAAUCAAUAAUUUUUUGCAGCCGCAAAUGAGCACCCCCGAUGAUCCUGUCAUCCAUAGUCCACCAUCAAUUGGAGCCGCGCCUGGAAUGAAUGGUUAGUUCAAAAAAUGCCGUGGAAGAGAAUUGGUUUUCUAGGCCAUUUCAUAAUCGUAUAGUUUUUGAAAAAAACAAAAAGUUUUUCGAAAAACAAGAACGAAAUAAUCGUGAGAACAUUACUGUAAGAAUUAAGAGCGAGAAAAAAAUAACAAUUUUUAUCCUUUCAUAUUUAAUUCUCUUCCGGAUAAACAACAUGAGAGUGAAAAACAAAAUGUGUGUUUUCUAGGAUAUCACGCAGCUGGCCUGAAAGUAGAAGAACCAUCAGGCGCUUGCGGUUCGCCAGACGACGGCAACCUUGACUCAUCAUCCGAUGAAUCGCGACGUCGUCAAAAAACAUGCCGUGUUUGCGGCGACCAUGCGACCGGCUACAAUUUCAACGUCAUCACUUGCGAGUCGUGUAAAGCGUUCUUCCGUCGCAACGCGCUUCGACCAAAAGAGUUCAAAUGUCCGUAUUCGGAAGAUUGCGAAAUCAAUUCGGUCAGCCGGCGGUUUUGUCAAAAAUGUCGGUUGCGAAAGUGCUUUUCGGUUGGCAUGAAGAAGGAGUGGAUUUUGAAUGAGGAACAAUUGAGAAGGCGGAAAAAUUCGCGAUUGAAUAACACCACAUCGAACAAACGACCGCAACAACCAUCGUCACAACAACAUCAACAAAAUUCACUUGGACAUCCAGCUGUUGCAGUUUAUGUGAGUUCUGGGAAUUUUAAGAGGAAUUUUCAACCAAUUAUUUUUCAGCAACAACAAACAAGGCCGUUGCUAAUUGAAAAUCAGGUAAAUAGACCACCCACGACGCAUUGUUUUUGAAAAAAACUGUGCGGCAGUUUUUCGUUUCAAAAAACUAGAGGGUUUUUCCAACAAAAAAAAUGAAUUUAAUUGUGUUUUUAAUUCGAUGAUUCGAUUUUCUGUCAUUCUGAACCAAAAAAAACCAAAUUUUUUUCCAGAUUCAUCAUAUGACACCAUCUCGGCCGAAUGUUAUGCCACCAUCUUUAAUAAGUCCGCCAGGAGGGCAAACAUAUCCACUAACUUCACCAGUUGGAUCAACGUCUUCAGAUUCUCCGCCAUCAAGAAAUCUGACAAUGAUGCAACAUAAUGGGGAUAAGAAUCAUGACGGUGUAAGUUAUCUGAAAAUCGGCAUCGAUUUUUUCGAGUCGGGAGAAAAAGAAUGGUGUUUUUACCUUUGUUUGCAAAAUGUGUGGUCAUUAUUAUGUACAUAUAUAGGAAUCUAGUUAGAUUCACAACUAAAAUUUUGAAAAAAAUCAAAGUAUACACUAUCAUAUAUAUCUUAACACAUUGUUGUAAUCACUCUGUUCUCUUUUUGCACAUAUACACAUAUAUAAAUCCACCGAAAUUUUCGAAAUCAUUUCCAUUUCCAUUUAUUUUUUGAAUGCAUUAGUGUGAUUUCAUUUUCUAGUACGAUCCGAAUAUCAUGCGAAUCACAUCAUUGCCCAGUGAGGAGAAUCUUCUUCUUUCAACAUCCACCGUCUGCUCGCCAACUACAAAUAUUCGCCCAAAGUUUGAUCAAAACGGAAAGGUAAAAACUGUUUCUUUUUUCUCAAACCGACUAAUCCACUCUUCUCUAUGAUUUUUUUCCAAAUUUUUUUUCUUCUCCUAUUUUUUAUGUUGGCUAUGUUUGUGUGUCCCCCCCCCCCAUGAAAAACCUGGAUUGACAUCAUCAUUUUCAGACAAUUUAAAGUCAAAAUUGAUUUUCUAUAGGUUGUCCUCUCUGCCGAAGAGUACAAGCAACUUCUUGCCAGAAUUCCGGGUAAUCAAGUGCAUCCGGGUAUGAUGACUGAUGAUGAACCGAUCUCGAAACGGUAAGAUUUGCAGAUUGCGAUUUUGUAAUUAGUAUUCAAAUUUUGAUCCUUAAGCGAUUUCUCUGUGAUCUCUUGCUAAUUUUCUCUCGAUAUGCACGCUAAAAAACAGCCUAAGCGAGCAACACAGCUGAAAUAGUGCUACAGUAUUCAAAUUCAAAUGGUCCUGAAGCGACUAUUUGAAUUUGAAUACGGUAGCACUAUUUUCUCUGUGAAAUUUGAGGGAUCGGAAAAAGGUCAAAACACAGCUGAAAUAGUGCUACAGUAAGACAAGUUUUCUCGAUUCCAAAAUUAAAUUAGUGUGAGAGCAACUAUAUUUCAUUACAAAAUCUGAAUCUGACGAGGGAAGUGUGUGACCAGUCCCCGGAGAUUUUCAAUGAGACCUAUGUUUUUAGGUCAGUUUUUCACGCUGAUAAAGCUCCUGUUUUCAGUUUUUGCUGAACGACUCUCUGAAGAGCCCAAAAAUGGGCCGAAAGUUGAGAAUUUCCGGAAAAUCGCGUUUUUGAGAGCCCAUAACUCAUGUUAGAAAUUAUUUUUAUGGAAAACUGAAUUUAUCACGUUGUUCAGGAGGUUCGAUUUACCAAAGUCACAAGUUUUGACAAAAUUUUCCAAAAAUUUUCAAAUGUGCAAUCCAUGACCUGAGCCUAUUUUCUGAGCCACAAAAUUUUUUUCUGAAAAAUUAUGGACUUACUAAUCAAAAAUUUGUGACUUUGGUAAAUCGAACCUCCUGAACAACGUGAUAAAUUCAGUUUUCCAUAAAAAUAAUUUCUAACAUGAGUUAUGGGCUCCCAAAAACGCGAUUUUCAGGAAAUUCUCAACUUUUGGCUCAUUUUUGGGCUCUUCAGAGAGUCGUUCAGCAAAAACUGAAAACAGGAGCUUUAUCAGCGUGAAAAACUGACCAAAAGGACAUAGGUCACAUUGAAAAUCUCCGGGGACUGGUCACACACUUCCCUCGUGAAAAAAUCAAUUUCAAGCUGAAAAUUCCAAAAUUUUUUCAGAAUUGCAUAUGGUUGUAAUAGUCAUCCAAUGCCGCCAUCCAACACAACUCCACCAUACAACGCACAAAUGGCUGAAAUGUCUCUAAACCGAAACAAUUCCGCACAAUAUCCAACCGGAAAUCAACCAUAUUUCGAUAUCGCAACAUUCGGAAUGGGAAUGGCAACAGCAACAGGAGGCGGUGACGCGGCUGAAGAAAUGUUCCGCCGUAUGAACUCCUUCUGUGAUACUAUCAUUCAAUCAGCGUUGGAUAGCCCGGAAAAUAAUACACCAAAUAUGGCUGAAGGUGCACAACAACAUAUGCCGAAAAGCGAGAUCUUUGAUAUUGAACAGCAAUCGCAUUUCCCAAAUUCUGACACAAGAUUGAAUUAUCAAUUAAAUGCGGCUGAAUUGAAAGCAUUGGAUGUUGUGAAUGAAGCGUUUGGUGGAAUGGAUGAUCAGAUGGAGCAGGGAAGACAACUUCAAUCAUUCUUGAAACCCAAUAAAACACCAGCAGAUAUUAUGAAUAUUAUGGAUGUUACAAUGAGAAGAUUCGUAAAAGUUGCGAAGAGCGUCGCUGCUUUCCGCGAAGUUUCACAAGAAGGAAAAUUCUCAUUGUUGAAAGGAGGGAUGAUUGAAAUGUUGACAAUUCGUGGUGUCACACGAUAUGACGCGGAAACCAACUCCUUCAAAACUCCAACCAUCAAAGGUGUUAACGUUUCGGUCAAUGUUGAUGAUAUGUUUGCAAAAUUGAAUGCGAAUGCACAAGCGCAAAAGCAGAAAUGUUUGGAAUUUUUCCGAUUUUUUGAUCAGGAAAUCAAAAGCAAUGAAAUUGCGGUGCAUUUGGUGAUGUUGGCUGUAUUGUUCUCUGUGAGAAAUGAUCCGCCAAUGAGUGAAAAUGAUGUUCGAAUUGUCGAAAGGCAACACAAUCACUUUAUGAGCUUACUGAAUAGGUAUGGGCAAUUUUUUGCAGCUGGGGAGCUAUUUUUUGAGCAAACUUAUUCUGAUGUGAGCAAAAAAUGAGCUAUACUCAUUUGAAAUAGCAUCUUCAGGGGGCAGAAUUUUCAGAUUCUCAAAUUUCCCUAUGAAAAAAUGAGCUACAGUAUGCAAGUUUCAGUAACUCAAAAACCUCUGACCCCUUUUCACAGAUUUUGAUCUACAGUAAUCCAGGCAUCUUCUUUUAAAAUUUCACGUUCAUAAUUUUGUCAGUUCAUAAUUUUGUCAAAUUUUUGGCUAACUCAAUUUCGAAGCAAAUAUUUUUGAAUUUUCGGUACCGAGAUCUUUUUGAAAAAAAACCACUGAAAGUCGCUUGAAAUGAAAAAUACUGCCUGAAACACUUCAAAAAAUCAAUAAUUUAAAUUUCCAGGUAUUUGGAGUCGCUGUAUGGCGAAGGAGCUCGACGCGUUUGUGAACGGUUACCAAAAGCUCUUGCAAUGUUAAACGUAAGUUUCUCCGAACCCUCAGAAAUUCCAAAAAAAAAAUCAAUAUUUUUCCAGGACAUUGCGAGAAACGCGGGAUCACUAUUCAUGGGUACUGUUAGAUCUGGUGAAGCUGAAGAACUACCAAAAGAGUUUUUCAAAAUUGAAUAA